UAACUCCCUCACUCGCAGACAACAUGGCGGACGUUCUGGAACUUCACGAAGCGGGAUGCGAAGACUUUCCUAUGGAUGAGGAUGAAAGCAUCCACAAGCUGAAGGAGAAAGCCAAGAAGAGGAAAGGACGAGGUUUCGUCUCUGAUGAAGGCGCCAGGUCUCGCAUGAAAGAAGACUACGACACCGUGGAGCAGGAUGGAGACGAGCCAGGUCCUCAGAGAUCCGUGGAGGGUUGGAUCCUUUUUGUGACGGGUGUGCACGAGGAGGCCACGGAGGAGGACAUCAACGAAAAGUUCUCAGAGUUCGGCAAGAUCAAGAACCUGAACCUCAACCUGGAUCGCAGGACGGGAUACCUCAAGGGUUACGCUCUGGUGGAAUACGAGACCUACAAAGAGGCCCAGGCCGCCAUGGAGGGCCUCAACGGCCAGGACUUGAUGGGCCAGCCCAUCAGCGUGGACUGGGGCUUUGUUCGCGGACCUCCCAAAAACAGACGCAGGACCGGCGGACGGCGACGCAGCAGGAGUCCCGACAGGCGGCGGCGUUGAACAAGGAAAUUAGCGCGGUACCGGAAGGGCUCUGGCAUCUUCACGCCAAUUUCUCUUUCUGUUUUCUUUUCCUUUCUGUUUGUACACAACUCUCGUCAACAGUUAAGUAUCUCGAUUGGCAAUCUCAAACACUGAGAUACAAUCCACUUGAGCAAUUUUUGUAACUUGAUCCAUGGGCUUCAAAAAGCUCCAUUGUCAUUUAUUUUGAAAAUGUUGAUUCCCAUUUUUUGGAUGGCAGUGUUUUUGUUUUACGUGACUUAUGAGUAGUAUUAAAGUUUCAAAAGGAAAACAA